GAUUAUAUGGCACGAGCGGAUGCGUUAAAGGACACGGUUAAGAUGGUAAUCCGACGCCAAGUGGGAAAUGUAUCGAACACCCUCGAGCUGAUUGAUGAUUUGCAAAGACUCGGAAUUGCUUAUCAUUUUGAGAAUGAAAUAAGUGAUGUAUUGGCUAUGAUUUAUGCCAGUUAUUUCGAAACUCAAGCAAAGUGGGAUAGCAUGAGUUUGAACCUUAAAGCACUUGGCUUUCGAAUCCUUAGACAACAUGGUUAUCAAGUUCCUCAAGAGAUUUUUAUCAACUUUAAGGACAAGAUUCAAAAUGCCAAGCCAGAAGUAAUGGAAGAUAUGGUGAGUGUGCUUAACUUGUAUGAGGCUUCUUAUCUUUGUUUCGAGGAUGAAAGCAUUUUAGACGAAGCUAGAGACUUGACAACCAAAUAUCUCAAAGAAAACAUGGGAAACAUAAAUGAAGGUGUAGGGUCAUUAGUAAGCCAUGCUUUGGAGUUUCCAUUGCAUUGGAGAGUCCCAAGGGUAGAGGCCAAAUGGUAUAUUGAUAUAUACGAAAAAAGAAUUGGCUCUAAUCCCAUAUUAUCCGAGCUAGCGAAACUGGAUUUUGAUAUGAGCCAAGCGAUCCACCUUGAAGAUCUAAAACACUCGUCACGGUGGUGGAAGAAUACAAGAUGGGAUGAGAAAUUAAGCUUUGCUCGAGAUCGAUUGGUGGAGCACUUUAUGUGGUCUCUUGGUUUUAGCUACCAACCAAAGUCUAGUCUUGAAAGGAGAAUACUCACAAUGGUUAACUCCCUCAUUACAACUAUCGAUGAUGUUUAUGAUGUCUAUGGGACUUUGGAUGAACUUGAACGAUUCACUGAUAUUAUUGACAGAUGGGAUGUGAAUGCGAUCAAAGACCUUCCAGAUUAUAUGAGGAUAUGCUUCCUGGGAUUCUACAACGCCGUAAAUGAGAUCUCGUAUAGCAUACUUACAGAGACAGGAUUCUUUGCUCUUCCGUAUCUUAAGAAAGCAUGGGCGGAUUAUAUCAAGACAUACAUGGUAGAAGCACGCUGGUACCACACUGGAUAUAAACCAACACUCCAAGAGUACUUGGCGAAUGCUUAUAUAUCUAUUGGGGGUCCGAUAAUACUCAAGAAUGUUAUUUGUUUAACAUCAUUUAGUUCAAAUGAAGAGAUGAUGCGAUGCGUGGAAAGCGCUGGGAAUAUAAUUCGCUACUCGUCAAUGAUCUUCCGACUUGCUAAUGACUUGGGGACAUCCUCGGAGGAAAUUGCAAGAGGGGAUACUCCAAAAUCAAUCCAGUGUUACAUGCAUGACAAUGGCGCAACCGAAGAAGAGGCAAGAAUGUACAUCAAAGGUUUAAUCCUGGAGACGUGGAAGAAACUCAACAAAGAACGAGCCCAUGGUUAUUCUCAGUUUUCAAAGGAGUUUAUCGAGUGUGCUACAAACAUACCAAGGAUGACACAAUUCAUGUACAAUGACGGAGAUGGGCAUGGUCAUCCUUAUAUUACUGAAUCUCAUGUGUUAUCACUGUUGUUCAAUCCUAUUCAAGGGAUUUGAUUAGCUUUCAAUGCAGGUGGACUUAUUUCUAAAAUAAUGUAGCGUAUGACUCCUAUUUGUACUUGCCACCAAGUUGAAAUAUCGGUAAUGGAGAUUGAAUGGUUAUGUUGA